UUUAUUACUAAUUAAUUCCCCCUACUUCCCUCCCUUUUCUAAUGAAAUUACUGUUCCCCACCAGUAUGUCGCCUUUCUGUUCUCUCCCUCCCUUCACUGGUUUCUCUUUCUCUCUCAUCCUGUCUUCACUCUUCAUCUCCUUCCAUACUCCACUUCUGCCCUCCUUCUCUCCAUUACCUUAUUGUCACCUUGGUUUUCAUGCUAAAAUCCCUAAUACGUUCGUAGAAGCUCUGAAUUUGGAUGGAUCCCCAUUUCUAUGGUUUCCAGUUCAAUUUUCACUUGCAUUUCACCCAUUCUUCACAAAAACCAAUCUUGAUGUCUUUUCUAGAUGGUCUAAUUACUAGUUCUUAACGCCGUUCUUCAGCACCGCCGUAGGAGGCGGCGGCGAUGGUCGUUCUUCAGCGUCGUUCUCUCUCUCAUCCGUUUUGUGUAAGGAUAUAAGCCCGUCAUUGCUGCGUUGCCAAAGCUCGCCAGAGUUUAUGCCUUCUCCAUAUCCUCGUACCGUUCAUUCAGUGUUGGGGACUCUCUAGAUCAGGUGCCUAUUGGAGCAUUCCAUGGUCGUGGGAAACGAACAGGUGUUUAUGGUGCUUUUCUCCUUGCUUGUUAUGACAGUAACAAUGAAGACUUCCAGACAAUAUGCAAAAUCGGUACUGGUUUCUCUGAGGUGGUGCAAAGAACGUUCUUCCAGUCUUUGUUCUAAAGUGAUUCCCAAUCCAAAGUCAUACUAUCGAUAUGGAGAUACCAUUAAACCAGAUGUCUGGUUUGAGCCCUCUAAGGUGUGGGAGGUCAAAGCAGCUGGUGAGCAUAUUAGUCCUGUUCACCGAGCUGCAGUUGGUGAAGUAGAUUCUGACAAGGGAAUUUCACUUCGGUUUCCACGUUUGCUUCGUAUUAGAGAGGACAAAGCUCCAGAGGAUGCCACAUCGUCUGAUUAGGUGAACUACUCGAUCUUCGUUAGUUUGUUCUAGUUGAGUUUUCAGUUUUCAGGAUAUACUCCCUCCAAUUUUUUAUUAAUUUACUCACUUCUUUGGUACAAAGUUUUAGAAGAAAUAUGUAUGUGGGUCUUGAAAGGGGAAGAGAGUAUUAAUUUAUUGCAUAUUGCAUUGAUGUUAAUGUUGUGAGCCAAGAGAAGUAGAGUGAGAAGGUGAAGAUAAUAUAAAAGUUGGUAAGACAAUUCCAAAAAUAGAAAAAAGAAGUGGGUAAACUAAACCAAAGAGAGUAUAUAUUAUAAAUAUGACCUAUCAAUCUGUUUGUUCGUGGGUAAAAAUGGUGGUGGUAAUGAUUAUCUAUAUCAUUUUGUAAAGUAAGUACGUUGUCAAUACCCAUGGUAAUGAAAAUUAUACAUAGACACAUGUUUUUCUUUGUAUAUAUAUUCAUUACCACUCAAUCAGACUUCUAAAGUGGUUUUGGAUGGUCAUAGAAUUACCAUGGUCCAUAGACGUUGGUAUGAGACUUUGUUCACAAGGUUCUUAAAUGUUAUCCCACCCAAUAAUUACACUGUUGUUGCUCUCGAAGCUUUCCUUGGAGUAAGUUGUCUUAUGUUUAGAAGAUUAUAUCCCUCUCGUCAAUAAAUAUUUGUCUACAUUCCAUAUAAGACCGUCCAAAACAGUAGGCCACUUUUAAAAUGUAUCAAGUUGAAUUUUGAAUUCUUAAUCUUACCCUUAAAGAUACCCCUUUACUCUAAAAUCAAUGGAAUACUACUACAAUAGUAUGGUGGAGGUUUAAAAAUUCAAAAGGUGAAGGAUGAUUGUGGUAUAAAUUCAAAGAAAUACUAUACAGUAUGGUGGAGAUUUAAGAAUUGAAAGGUGAAGGAUGAUUGUUGUAUUUAUUUGGGACAGAGGGGAAUUAGUUUUCACUUAUUUUUAAUAUUACAACUUCGUUAUGUUUACCUUUCAUAUAAAAGUGUUAGAAAUGGAGAAAUUAUCAAGUGAAUAUAACUUAAAACAGGAUAUGAUGAGGAGGUAAUUAUAACUCUGCCCAUAAUAUUGCUGGUUUGCUGUCACAUGCUACUAGUGUCUAGUUAUUUCCUCUGUUUCUGUCACCCCUGAGGAAGAUUCCAAAAUAUUGAAAUUAACAUGUUCGCACUGCAAGAUAGCAAUUUGCAUUUCUUUGAUGUCUAGGAAUGCCGGUGCUAUGAAAAUGAAGAACUGCAUAUGAGGAAACAAACUAUGUAAAACUGCCGUCAUUUUUCUAAGUCUCGUGGCUGGGUGGUUUGCGGAAUUGUUGGGCAUGAGAAAGGCAAGAAACAUAUUGAAAUGGGUGAAGCUUGUGUUAGGAUGCAAAAUAAACUGUUGAUUUCAUAUAUUUGUAGCAUGCGACAUUGUUAUAACUUAUAAGUAUAUGUCUAGCAUGGGACACUGUUAAUUUACUAUUGAUUUCAUAUAUUUGUAGCCAAUUUAUGUAAUUUAUUGCUGGAAUAUAUAUGUAAGCUAUAAUGUAUGGCAGAAGGUGCCUGCUUUAA